CCCACCACCUCCGCGCAGCCGCGCUUAUCUGCUUUCGCGCUAAUGCUAUAUGCCGGAGCUCUCCACCGGAGCACCGCGGCGAACAAGUACACCGGGCCUCAUCCAGCCACCGUCUCUCCCAACGCAGCAAGUCACACUUCAUGAGCUCCUCCACUAACUUCGAUCGAUCCAUGGACGCCGCGUCCCCGUCCGACGACCAGGAGCAAGGGCUGCACCAAACGGUGUGGUCGGAUCCGCCGAAGCGACCGGCGGGGCGCACCAAGCUCAAGGAGACGCGCCACCCGGUAUACCGUGGCCUGGCCGGGGGGUGGGUGUGCGAGCUGCGCGUGCACGGGACGAAGGGUUCCAGGCUCUGGCACAGCACCUUCGCCGCCGCUGAGACGGCGGCGCGCGCGCUCGCGCUAUCCGGCUGCGGCGCCUGCCUCAACUUUGCCGACUCCGCCUGUUGGAUGCUGCCAGUUCUCGCGGCCGGGUUGUUCGGCUUCGGCAGCGCACAUGUGAUCAAGGACGCAGUGGCCAUCGCCGUCGUGGCGGGCCAGCGCAAGCAACCGCUUGUGUCUCCGACGAAGGUGGCCGACUAAGACGAGCACGCCCAUAGCUAGCCGAGGCACAGCGCGCUGUCCAUAUUUCAUGUCCAGCGAACUGUUGGACGAACUCUGGUUUGGCGGCAUGGACGCGUCAUACUUCGCGAGCUUGGCGCAGGGCAUGCUCGUGGAGCCAUCGGCCAACGGAGAUUGGCGGGACUACGGCGGUGAGUAGACUAGAGUGGCCUGGAGACGCCCUAUGGAUAUGGAGCUACUUGCUCGAUUAGAGCAGUGUAAACUAGUGCUAUUAUUCUAUGGAGCCAGUGCUUGCUUCAAUAUUCUAUGGAGUAUUGGUAUAGAUUCUGUUCUUCUCAAUAUGGGAAGAAACAGCGUAGGCAUGGAGCGCAA